GUUUAGAAACGCAGAUUCUAACCAAUCAGGCUAAAUGAAUCAGCAGGCCCGGGCCUUAUCUUCAAAGAUAACCCUCAUUAAUCCAGUGAGCUUCUGAGGACAAAAGAAAGAAAUGAAUUGCUUCAUUUGUGUUGCUUGAAUGGAAUGCUAAUGAGGGGAGGUGGGAAAAAAAAGUUAAUUAUUCAUGCCAGCCAACUGAGAAGAAGAAGGCAGAUCCUGGCUUUCCCCGUUACCAAUGCAACAAGUGGCUGCUGGCCUAGUGACUGAGGGCGAGGGGAGGAAAACCUUUUAACCUGUAACAGACAAGAUGCCUUCUCAGGAAAGGAAGCGUAUGUGCUUGAGUUGCAUAUCACACAACCAGACGGAUUCAAGAGCCAAGCCCAUUGUAGCCUGGAACCAGGAGAGGAGGUCCUUUAUCUCUCAAAUUUACUUCAUGAUUAAUCAGUCCUCCUGGGGGAAACUGGGUUGCCUUGGCGUAAGAGAAAAUCAGUAUGGAGCUAAGACUUGGGAUGCAUGCAAAAGUGUUCCAUAUAAUAAUACAGCAGAGAACGAGUCAAGCUUCACAAAGGACUGUCUGCCAAUGGGAAACAGAAAAAACAUUUCAUCUAUAGUCAUUUCACAGAUGAUUGAUGAGAAUAAAUCAAAAGAAAAUAACUCUGCUUUUUCUAUGCAGUCCGUAAUCACCCAGUCUGAUGCUUACCACAUGAACCAAUCUUUGGCUAAUCAUUGCUCAGUCAACAUUAAUAGAGCAUUCAUAUUGCUUCCUAGAAGAUUAGGAAUUCAGAUAUCUUCAGAUGACAAUGUAUUUGGAAUAGACUCCAAUACCAAAGAGAAAAAACAAGGUCAUAACCAGAAGAAAGGUUUUGCUUCUAUUACAAUCACUGCUAGACGGGUUGUUCCAUCUGCUUAUAGUACAUUGCAGGUAGAUGCCAUUGCUGACCCUUCUUGUUUGAAAUGCCAGGGAGGGAAGCUGCUAAUGAACACUGUUGUUUCUUCCAAUGUGUCUCGGCUAGAUCAGCUCUGCAGUCCUCUGCACACUCAAGGAUGUUGUCAAAAUGGAACUUCAUCCAAAAUGAAGGGUUGUGAACCUUGUCCGCAGCUGUGCCAGGGGCCAUCUGACUGGAUUCCUAACACUGAAAAAAAAGAGAACAGAGUGCUCCCCCCAGAAAACAGCCAUAAAGAGCAAGCAUCAGCCUCCUUCACUUCGAGUGUUCACCUUAGUAUUUCCCAGCAGUGUCCAAAUACAAUAUAUUACUUAGACAAGUCUCUCUUGGUGCCCAUUGACCAACCUCUUUUGGUGCCUCCGACUAGCAACCAAAAAAUGCAUAGGUCAGUAGUCUCUUUCAAUAUCAAUUGCAGUUCCCCCAGUUUAACGCCAGAUGGAGCAGAUGGUUUAGCUAAUGGAGAGUUAAUCACAGAAGUACUUAAGACAAAGCUCCCAGAGGAAAGUAAGACUCCGCUCAGAGCAAUUUGGAAUGCAGAUCUCAAGGAGAAUUACUUGGAUGAAAAACAGACAUUGGAAAUGGAAUCUUUGGGGACUGAAUAUCUCUGCAAAGGUACUUCUCCAUCUCAGACUCUGUCAGUUGUGGAUAGCCCUCAAGGACUUGGUAAUUCAAGGCUAACAAAGAAUAAUGAUGGAAAUUCAGGUGACAAUCAAAUUACAUUGUCUCCACACAUUCCUCACCAGACUUACAAUGAAGGCGCACAAGCAGGGAGCAACAGAAAACCAUGCACAAGAGACAGAUUCUGUGAAAUGGUACCUGCCUCCUUUCUGGAGCAAUCACCCAGGAAGGAACUCACAGUGCAAGGUGGGAGUUCUUUGAAAGACAAAUAUCCAUCCAAAGGCACUUCAAAGUCCAAAGAGAUCCAGGCCCAAAGCUUUCUGAAACCCAAAACCUCUGUUUCUGAUUAUGGGUGCCACAUAAAGGCUUUCUCAAAAACAAUGCUGGAUGAAAAUGAUAUGCACAGAAAAGAUCUGUUCCGAAAAGGUGAUUACAAAUUCUGUGGCUCAGCUAACAAAUUAAAGGAGCAUAAAAGAAGUGAGGAGAAAGAGACAGUCAACUGGGUAACAACUUCCACAGCUCAUGAACCAGAUGUUACUCAUGAGAAAUAUGAAGCCUUCCAGCAGCCAGAGGUCUGCUCUGAGCCUGAGAAAAUUCCUCCAAACCCACUGACUCUCAGGGAAGCCCUGGAAGUUCACAAGCCACACUUUAUUUCCCGCUCACAAGAACGACUAAAGAAACUUGAGAACAUGGUACAGCUGAGGAAAGCCCAGCAGGGUGAUGGUUCGGGAAAGAAACAAGGGGCUAUUCUUUCUUACAAGCUUUCCUCAUCUUCCAUUACAAACAAGAAGAAACAAUAUACGAUUCCUCAUCCUCUCAGUGAUAACCUCUUCAAGCCAAAAGAAAGGUUCAUUUCAGAGAAGGAGAUGCACAUGCGAUCAAAAAGGAUUUAUAAUAACCUACCUGAAGUGAAAAAGAAACAGGAAGAGAAACAGAAACGGGUCAUCAUACAGAGCAAUAGGAUGCGGGUUGAGAUCUUCAAAAAGCAGUUACUGGACCAGCUUCUUCAAAGAAAUACAGAAUGACUAAUGAUUCCUGGGCACAUCAUGCUUUUUGGAACUUAAAUGCCUUUGAUAAUUAAAAAGUCAUACGAAUGUAGCAUGAGCUUCAUUACGUCGAGGCUUUCUUCUUUUUAACUCUCUAAACAAAGAAAGAAUGCUUGCAUUUUUUAAAAUAAAAGCUCCAAGUGAUUCUGGCAAAUCACUGAAUUAUAUUCCAGUGGACCAUGAUCCAUGGAAAUACAGCUUUAACACUGGUUUUAUGCAAUUGUUGAGACAACAUAGUAUUUAUUUUUACAAUGUGCACUUUUAAAAUCAUAGUUGCAGAAAAAUGUAGGUCCUACCCACCUUCAAAAUAUUUACAUUUUUCAUGUAUUCCUCUUACUGAUGGCUCUCUAGUAUAAGCCUAACUCUCUUGAAUUUUUAAUAGCUAGAAGUUAGCAAAAAUAACAUUGCUGCCUAAUCAUUUGAGCAGCAGUUUUAAAUUGAUGCUUAACAUAGCAAGAGGGACCAAUAUAUUCGUCCUCUGAAGGACCACAUCCCUAUUUACAGAACCCAAAUAAGAGGGUUACCUGUAAAAAAACUAUCUGUAGGACCUAGAUAAUAAUUCUGGUUUUGAAACAUAUUCUUUGCUACACCAUGUAAUUUUGACUGGCUUCUCAUGGCGUAAUAUAUUUAUAGACGUGGCACAUUUUUUUAAAAAUAUGACACAAACCCACUCAGUGGUUUCUACCAAGAAAAAUGUUUGUGUAAAGAUUAGAUAAUUCAAAACAUCUGUAAUGUUUCCUUUAAAAAGUAUUUAAAAUUGUUUUUGUACAUUGAGAAAUACAGCAACCUCAGUUUUGUACAGAGGAAAAAUAAAGUAUAGAUUGAAAAAUG